GGUGUGGGUUUUGGAAGGGUCUUAAAAGCUUGAAGCUGUAAUAUGCUAUGAGUGUGCGUACCAAAUAUCAAAGAGAGACAGAGUGGUAAAGACUAGAGAGAGAAGAAGUAGAAGCCUCGAAAAGAGAGAAGAGAAGAGGGGGGUUUUAAUGGCUCCUCCGAAUUCUCAGACGGACUGACUUUAAAUCCGUCGGUUAUCACCUCACAUUACUGAUCUCCCAAAACCCACAAUAACGCCUUCAAAUCCUCUCUACCAAAUUUCUCUCUCUCUAGACCCUGAUUGACGCCCAUAUCACAGAUUUUCCGGCCGUUUCUCAAGUCGUGUCUUAUGUUGAAAAAUGGAUUCUCAAGUCUGAAGAAUAAAAAAGAGAGUGAAUGAGAAAAACUCGAUAGCAGGAGAAGAGGAACGCUAGUGUUUUUUUUUUUGUGUGUGUCUGAGGAAGUUAAGUUGAGACUUCGAGAGAUUCAUUAAAGUAUUUUGAUAUCACUCACUGUGAAAGUGAAGUAGUAGUAUUAGUAGAAAAACUGUCUGUUUUUAGUUAAUCAUCAGUUAGAUUUCAAGGCAAAAAAUUAAAAGAAAAAAUAAUUAGAAAUAAUGGAUUCUGGUUGUGGGUCCGGUGAUGAACAAGAUAUAUCUGAUCCUAACAAUCAAAGGAACAAGAAGAAAAGAUAUCAUCGUCAUUCUCCUCAUCAGAUUCAAGAACUUGAAUCUAUUUUCAAGGAAUGUCCUCAUCCAGAUGAGAAACAAAGGAUGCAAUUAAGUAGAGAUUUAGGUCUCGAACCUCGCCAGAUUAAGUUCUGGUUUCAGAACAGAAGGACCCAGAUGAAGGCACAACAUGAACGAGCAGAUAACAGUGCUCUUCGACAUGAAAAUGAUAAGAUCAGAUGUGAAAAUAUAGCAAUCAGAGAGGCACUGAAACGCGUUAUCUGCCCUUCUUGUGGAAGUCCUGAAGAUUCAUAUUUUGAUGAGCAGAAACUGAGAAUGGAGAAUGCCCAUUUGAAAGAAGAGCUUGAUAGGGUUUCGAGCAUUUGUGCAAAGUACAUUGGAAGACCCAUUUCUCGGCUUCCUUCAAUUCAACCAAUAGCUUCAUCUUUGGAUCUUUCUGUUGGGAGUUAUGGUCAUGGAAUGAGUGGUGCUUCAACACUCGAUCUCGACCUUCUUCCUGGAUGUUCUUCCUCUAUUGCUCCAUUACCUUUGCAGGCAAUAGCCAUAACAGAUAUGGAGAAAUCAAUAAUGACUGAAAUUGCUAAUGCUGCCAUGGAUGAACUUAUUAGACUUUUACAAGCAGGUGAACCUUUAUGGAUUAAAUCACCAAUUGAUGGGAAGGAAAUGUUAAACGUUGAAGCCUAUGAGAAUUCAUUCCCAAGGGCCAACAAUGCAAAAAGUCUUGACGCUCGUACCGAAGCUUCAAGAGAUUCGGGUGUUGUGAUAAUGAAUGGGUUACAGUUGGUUGACAUCUUUUUGGAUUCGAACAAAUGGAUCGAAAUGUUUCCGACAAUUGUUGCGGAUGCUCGCACAAUCGAGAUACUCGCACCUGGAAUGCCUGGUAGCCGAAGCGGAUCAUUGCAACUGAUGUAUGAAGUAGUGCAGGUUCUUUCACCUCUUGUUCCAAUUCGGGAGUUCUACUUUCUUCGCCAUUGUCAACAAAUCCAGCAAGGAUUGUGGGCUAUAGCAGAUGUAUCCUUUGAUGUAUCCCGAGAAAAUCAAACUAAUUCUGCUUUUCUCACUAGAAAGCGUCCUUCAGGGUGUUUGAUUGAAGAGAUGUCCAACGGUUACUGCAAGGUUAAUUGGAUAGAGCACGUGGAAGUUGAAGAUAAAUCUCAAAGUCAUCGGCUUUACAGAGAUCUUAUUAACAGUGGUGCUGCUUUUGGAGCCGAACGUUGGCUUGCUGUUCUUCAGAGGAUUUGUGAGAGAUUUGCUAGUCUCUUGGUGUCUAAUCCGAGCCAAGAACUCGUUGGAGUUAUUCCUUCACCGGAUGGUAAAAGAAGCAUGAUGAAGCUUGCGCAACGCAUGAUCAACAGUCUGUGUACAAGUAUAUGUGCGACAAACACUAAUCACCGGUGGACUAGUUUGACUGGAGAUAAUGACACUGGAGUUAGAGUUUCAUUUCAUAAGGGCACAGAUCCAGGCCAACCUAAUGGUGUUAUUUGCAGUGCAACAACCUCUAUUUGGCUCCCUGUUUCUGCACAGAAUGUAUUCAAUUUCUUUAAAGACAAGAGGACAAGACCUCAGUGGGAUGUUCUGUCUGACGGUAAUCCAGUACAAGAAGUUGCUCAUAUUUCAAAUGGAGCACAUCCUGGUAAUUGCAUAUCGGUUCUUCGAUCUAUGAAUGCAAGUCAGAAUAACAUCUUAAUACUUCAAGAGAGUUGCACUGAUCCAUCUGGGUCGAUGGUAGUGUAUUCACCCGUGGAGUUACCAUCAGUGAAUAUAGCAAUGGGUGGCGAGGAUCCAUCGUUUGUUCCUCUUCUGCCCUCAGGCUUUAUUGUCUGCUCUGAUGGCCGAACUGAUCAAGGGGGUGCUUCGACAAGUUCAAACAUCCAAGGAUCAUCAGGAACUGGUUCAUUGGUAACAGUGGCGUUUCAAAUACUUGUGAGUAAUUUACCAACAGCGAAGCUCAAUUUUGAAUCCAUUGCAACUGUUAGUAACCUUAUCAGCACCACUGUUCAUCAGAUAAAAACUGCCUUGAACUGCUCAGGUUCUUGAUCUUGAGUUUAAACCUCUGCAGUCUCUCUCUCUCUCUCUCUUUCUCUCUCUCAUCAUUAAGACCUUUAUUACAAAGAUCAGAAGUAGUAAGAAGAAAAUCUUAUGAUGGUGGUGGUGGAAUGCAUUCAAUAUGGCGAUUGAUUUGAAUGUUAUUUGUUGGUUGGUCGGUUGGUUUGUUUGGAGAAUUGAUUGCCCAGUUCAUCAAAGAUCAACCGGAAGUAGUUAGUUAUCAUCGUAGCCUACUCCAUCACGGCGCAUCAGAGUUUUUCAGAACACUACUAAUUCUAAUAUCCAGGGAUUUAUUUUACUAGAGCUAGGAGCAGCCAAGUUCUCGAAGAAGCGAAAAUGUCUAUAUAGUGGGAGUCAAGAGUCGAACCAUCAUCCUUAUUUAUGCUAUUUGGAAAAAUUUCUUUUCUCUCUUUCCCUCUAAAUCUCUUCCCAUUUCUGUCCUUAUUCAUCUCAUUUUCUUUUCUAUUCUCUAAAACCAAACGGUAGGGGUACUGGUUCGGGAUUUGACUUCCCUAGGAGGGAUAUUUUUAAUGUUAUUCUUCAGUUUUCUUAUUUGAGAUUAAACUUUUUUUUAGUUAUGUAUACUCUGAGAAAUCUGAGACUAGAAAGUUGUUUUUAUUAAUUAUAUCAUUUAUUUCUGUGUUC